AUGGCAGCGGCGUUUGGAGCUGCGACCGCGUUGGCGGCAGCCGAGAAUACCAACGCUUAUUUGCCGAUUAGCCGCCGGCAUUUGCCUCAUCUCUCCCAUUCGGACAAGGUGACCCUCCGCCUCUCCACCAGGCUCCGCCUCCGCCUCUACUCCAAGAGCAUUCAGCCUGGCCGGAACUGUUCUGCCGUGGUAAGAGCUCAAUUGAACGAGGUUGCCGUGGAUGGACCGCCGGAAAGUGCUAUAAAAGCAGAGGGAACUCUGUCCGAAGCCAAGCUGUCAAACGAGCCAGCUUUGGCAUCAGAAGACUCACUCUCAGAAUUUAUGAAUCAAGUUUCCAGCCUUGUCAAAAUGGUUGAUUCCAAGGACAUUGUGGAACUGCAAGUGAAACAACUUGAUUGUGAAAUCUUAAUACGUAAAAAGGAGGCUUUGCCAUCACCACCUGUUCAAUACGUUCAGGCACACCCUCAGACUCAGACUCAGACUGUGAUUACGCCUCCAGUUCCUGUCCAUGUCCCUACAGUGUCUACAGUUCCAAAUGCACCGCCUUCUCCUAAGUCAACUCCAGCACUUGCACCUCAAGCACCCAAGUCAUCUUAUCCACCUUUUAAAUGCCCUAUGGCAGGAACCUUCUACCGCAGUCCAGCACCUGGUGAACCGCCAUUUGUCAAGGUUGGGGAUACCGUUACGAAGGGACAGGUCCUCUGCAUCAUCGAGGCCAUGAAAUUGAUGAAUGAGAUUGAAGCUGAUCAAUCUGGUACAUUAGUUGAGAUCCUAGUAGAAGAUGGGAAGCCCGUCAGUGUUGGCACCCCUCUUUUUGUGAUUCAACCAUGA